CAGGCAUCAUGAUGGAGGUCGGUUUCAGCUCCUUUCCUGAUUUGUAUUUUUUACAGUCGAAAAUGGAAUAUGGAACAAUUAUUUUUAGUCUGUGCAUUUGUUUUGGGUUUUGAGUUCAUGAGGCUAACUGAGAAGCAGAGUACUUCUUGAUGCUGAUCAAACCUGACAAGGGGCAAAAUCAAAUGGCAUAUAAUCAUGGGAUGGAGCCUUCUUACACACUGGACGAAGCUCUUGAGGUGGUGGGAUUUGGGAAAUUUCAAGCUCUGGUGAUGGCUUACGCUGGCCUUGGAACCAUGGCCGAGUCAAUCGAAUUCUUCGUAUUAUCUUUUAUAGGAACCUUGGUUAAAGACGAAUGGGAACUUUCAUCUGGGCAAGAAAGUUUGCUAACCACAGUAGUUUUUGGGGGCAUGCUUAUUGUAAAAUGUUUCCUUGGAACUAACCAGAGGGUUGGCCUCCUAAGUGUUGGUGUAGUAACUAGCAUAUUUGCUUUUCUUAGUGCAUUCUCCCCAAAUUAUGUGUCACUGCUUGUCUUGCGUAUGGUAGUUGGCAUUGGUGUGGGUGGUGGACCUGUUUACGCAUCCUGGUAUAUUGAGUUUGUACCUAUUCGAAACCGAGGCAUUUGUAUGGUUUUCUUUUCCACUUUCUGGACAAUGGGAUCAAUACUUGAGGCUUCCUUGGCAUGGAUUGUGAUCCCGAGACUGGGAUGGAGGUGGCUGCUUGCACUAUCAUCAGUGCCCUGUUUGGCAGCAUUUAUUUUCUACAUUUUCACAAUAGAGUCUCCAAGAUAUCUAUACCUAAACGGCAGAAUAUCCGAUGCGCAGUGUGUUUUCCGGAAAAUGGCCGAGGUUAACAAAACUGAACUUCCUUCUGGCAUGCUUGUCUCGGAUCAAAUUAGUGGACUUGGUGAAGAGCGUAUUCAUUCAGAGAAUAUCCCAUUGCUACCGGAAAAUGUUACAAAAACAGGAUUUCGGUCUUUGUUCACACUUUUCUCGUCGAGCUUAUUAAGAACUACUCUUCUCAUUUGGGCCGUCUUUUUCGCGAAUGCGUUUGUGUAUUUUGGGGUUGUGCUACUGAUUCCAGGGUUCACAGGUGAUGUGCAAAGUAAAUGUGGGAUGGCUGGUUUAAAGACGAAUUCAAGCCUCUACAGGAAUACAUUUAUCUCUAGCUUUGCAGAGAUUCCUGGGCUCAUUUUAGCAGCAACACUCGUGGACAAAUUCGGACGCCGGAUUUCGUUGCUGCUUUUGUAUAUAUUUAGCUUCAUAUUCUUUUUGCCGCUGUUUUUCCACCAAAACGAACUAAUAGCCACUGCCCUUUUGUGGGGGAUUCGCAUGUGCAUCACUGGAAACUAUAAACUAGCUGGUAUUUACUGUCCUGAGGUAUAUCCAACGUCUGUGAGGACAACUGGAUAUGGUGUUGCCUCAUCUGUGGGCAGAGUAGCAGGCAUGAUAUGUCCUCUUGUUGCCGUUGAUAUGGUCUUGAGUUGCCAUAAGACAGCUGCCAUUGACGAGGCUAUUGUUCAAAUUAAAGGGUUAAAGCCACUGGAAAAGGAUAAACUCAUCUGGGCGCCGAACUCACAAGUUGCAGUCGCGCUAGUGCUAGCUGAAAUUGAGACGAACGCACGGGCUAUGACGGACUCUGACCAUGUGUACACUCUGGAUGAAGCACUUGAUACUGUUGGGUUCGGUAAAUACCAGGGCCUUUUACUUGCUUAUGGAGCUCUAGGUUGGAUUUCAGAUGCUAUGGAGAUGAUGAUACUCUCAUUUGUGGGGUCGGCAGUUGAGUCUGAGUGGGAUCUCUCUCCCGGUCAAAAGAGCUUGAUAUCGACUGUGGUCUUUGCUGGCAUGCUAGUUGGAGCAUGUUUUUGGGGCAUGAUAUCCGAUAGUUAUGGUCGAAAGAAGGGAAUUCUAGGUGUGACUAUUAUUACAGCUGUUGCUGGGCUACUAAGUGCUCUCUCACCAAAUUACGUAUGUUUAAUUGUGCUUCGUUGCAUGGCUGGAGUUGGUAUUGGAGGUAUGAGCAUAAUCAACACGUGGUUUUUGGAAUUUGUCCCGACAUUCAAUAGAGGUGCCUGGAUGAUUGUCUUUUCGGGCUUUUGGACGGUUGGGACAAUAUUUGAGGCUGCUCUUGCUUGGAUUGUCAUGCCCAGACUUGGGUGGAGAUGGUUUGUCGCACUUUCAUCGGGACCUUCUUUCAUUAUGGUACUCUUAUAUGGAUUAAUGCCUGAGUCUCCUAGGUUUCUGUGCAUGAAAGGAAAAACUAAGGAGGCUCAUAGUAUUCUGGAAAAAGCAGCAUCAGUAAAUGGAAUAACACUCCAUGCUGGCCUGCUAGUUUCUGAUCAAAAUGGUGAUGAAGAGUUUGCAGCAUCCGAAAAUUGCCAUUUGCUUUCCCCAAGAACAAAUAAAACAUACAUAUCCAGUUUCUCGUUACUAUUUUCACUUUUUUCUCCAAAAUUAAUAAAAACAAACCUUCUGUUGUGGUUCUUGUAUUUUGGAAAUACGUUCUCGUAUUAUGGCAUUAUAUUGCUGACCUCCGAGCUCAGCAGCGAUCAAAGUAAGUGCAGAUUGGGUGCUUUGAGUAUGGUGAAAAGUCUAAACUCGAGCCUUUAUGUUGAUGUAUUUGUUACCAGCUUGGCAGAGGUUCCUGGCCUCGUUUUUGCGGCUUUCAUUGUGGACAGAUAUGGUCGCAAGCUUUCCAUGGCGAUCAUGUUUGUGUUGUCCGCGUUGUUACUUCUUCCAUUAUUGGCCCAUCAGAGUGAGAUUUUGACAACAGCUCUACUGUUCGGAGCUCGAGCAUUCGUCUCAGCAGCUUUCAUUGUUGCCUGUAUUUAUGCGCCGGAGGUGUACCCAACUGAGAUACGAACGACAGCUGUCGGGACAGCAUCGGCUAUAGGGAGGGUUGGGGGAAUGAUAUGUCCUCUUGUGGCAGUCGGCUUAGUUAGCGCCUGCCAGCAAACGUAUGCAGUCAUACUGUUUCAGGUUAUCAUACUUCUGUGUGGGCUUUGUGUCAUGUUAACUCCAGUCGAGACGAGUGGGAGGAAUUUGGCUUGAACCUUAAUGGUGGUUGAUGAUUUAGUAAAGAUCACAUGUUAUUAGUGAGAAAAAAAUUCAAGUACAAAUAAGAUGAGUUGCGUCGUUAUAAUUUAUGUUAUGUGGUUUAUGUGUGGGUUGAAGUAUAUAUUGUUUUAGAUUCUGGGGUUUUAUAUUUAUUAUUCUUUUUUAUUAGUUGGCUAUUAUAUCAUCCAGAAAAUGUAAGCUGCAAUGGAAUUUGUUGGAGGAGAGAAAAAUGGAAGAAUGAGAUUAUACGUAUAUUCGAGAACCGAAAAUUUGAGAAAU